CCUCACAUCCCCAGGCUGGUGGCCUCUCUGAAGAAGGAGGACUCCAACUCUGCCACCAGCUCCCUGGAGCAGCUGGCCGAGCUCAUCCACUGCAUGUUCUUCCGCUUCUCAGGAUUUCCAGAUCUCUACGAACCAGUCCUAGAAGCGGUUAAAGCUCUUCCUAUUCCAAAUGAAGAUCGGAUUAAACAUCUCUUGGGACAAAAUGCUUGGACCUCCCAGAAGAACGAGCUGGCCUGCUUCUACCCACGCCUGGCAUCCAAAUCAGAGACGGGAAAGAUCGGGUUAAUUAACUUGGGAAACACCUGCUACAUGAACAGCAUCCUACAGUCUCUUUUCAUGGCUUCGGACUUUCGGCAUUCGGUGUUGAAUUUAAGCGAGGGCAACUCCCAGCCCCUGAUGACAAAGCUCCAGUGGCUCUUUGCGUUUUUGGAGCACAGUCAGCGACCUGCCAUCUCACCCGAGAGCUUCCUCUCUGCCUCCUGGCCACCCUGGUUCACUCCCGGCGCCCAGCAGGACUGCUCCGAGUAUCUCAAGUACUUGCUGGACCGAUUACAUGAAGAAGAAAAAACUGGAAAAAGGAUCUACCAGAAACUCAAGGAAUCCAGCUUGAUGUCUCAGGCAAUGGAGCAUCAUUAUUUAAGCAAGACGUUGAUUGAGAAGAUGUUUGGGGGUAAAAUGAUGACAAAGAUCCGCUGCUUGAAGUGUCUGAAUGUCUCCUCCCGAGAAGAAGCCUUCACAGACCUGUCCCUGGCUUUUCCCCCACCAGACAGGCACGUGCGUGGGAGCACGUCUGUUUUACCGGUGGAAGAAAUCGGCCCACAGUUUAUUGAGCCUCCUGAAGACCGAAGCCAGCUUACGGGGUCUCCCUGGAUCCCGAGGAAGGCCCCCAUGGCCAGAGACCCUACAACCCUGCCGAUGCCGGUGGAAACACUGGGUUUCCAGGAGCCAGGAGAAGUGGCAAAUCCCUUCAGUGGCGAUGCCAUUGACGUGGAUGCAACCAAACACCCGGCUUUCGGGGAGCAGGCAUGUGCUCCCAAGGACUCCAGAUCCGUCCCGGAUUUAAUCAACUAUUUUCUAUCCCCAGAGAGACUGACAGCAGAGAAUAAAUACCACUGUGAGAAAUGUGCAUCCUUGCAGGAUGCUGAGAAGGUGGCAGAGCUGACGGAGGGUCCACACUACCUCAUCCUCACGCUGCUGAGGUUCUCCUUUGACCCACAGACUAUGAAGAGGAAGAAGAUCUUGGACAACGUCUCCAUCCCUGUGGUGCUCAAGCUGCCUGUCCUUGUUGCCCCAGAGGAAAGUGAGCAUGGGAAGGACAGGGGUGCCCCGGGAGGUGGCUUCAUGUCUGUCGUGUAUGACCUCUGCAGUGUGGUGGUGCACUCAGGCGUCUCCUCCGAGAGCGGCCACUACUACUGCUACUCCAGGGAGUGCACUGACAACAUCCCCCACGGGCAGGCCCGGGACCGGGCACCGAAACCGGCCUCCGACAAGCAGUUGGACUUCGAAAUCCAGUGGUACCUCUUUAACGACACCAGAGUUUCCUUCUCCUCCUUCGAAUCGGUCAGCAACGUCACCUCUUUCUUCCCCAAGGACACUGCCUACGUCCUCUUCUACAGGCAGCGGCCGGGCAGGCAGAGCUGCCUACUACAUGAGGCUCUGGCCGAGGCUGGCCGCCUGCACGGCGAACCCUCCCUCCAUAAGGACUUGAUGGAAGCCAUUUCCAAAGAUAACAUCCUCUACUUGCAGGAGCAGGAAAAAGAAGCAAGGAACCGAGCCGCCUACAUUUCCGCCUUGCCGAAAUCCCCGCUGUGGUGGAGAGACUUGGACAGGGACAAGGAUGAUGACAGCUCGUCGGGGGGCUGCAGCCCAGCGGCCGGCGGGGGUGGAUCUGGCUCCUUUCAUGGACUUGUCUUCUAG